UACUUAUACAAAUGCGUAUCAUAUCGAAAUACAUAACAAUAUGUCGUAUCGUGAUAUGUAUCGUAUCGGGAGGCACUUUCCAAUACACCUCCCUCCUAAAAAAUCAACCAAUGAACGUGCGCAUCCCUGUCUGGAUAAAGCCCCGCUCGCUGCUGCUGAACUGUGAAUGAGAAGCGCAGUCACACAGUCAGGCGCGCAAAAGGCGCGGCGGCUCUUACACAUCCUCGACUAUGAUGCAACUGUUUGUUGACGAAGAAAAGCAGCAUCAACACCAUGCAGUCGUCAUUAUUGUCUGUGGCACAUUCUCCUGGGUUACCUACGGCCGUUUCAUUACUGUGGAAGUCGGGAAAUCCACAGUCGUCAAACUGGACAGUGAUGGGGAGAGAAAACAGGACGACUCUCGGUGACAUGGACACGUUUGACAACCGGCGCGCACAGUAUGGCCAGUUUUCUCCAUCCAUGUCUAUAUUUUUGACUGUGCUCAUGACUCUGCUGGUAUUUGCGACGGUUGUCGGGAACGCGCUUGUCAUUUUAGCUUUCGUGGUGGAGAAAAGUUUACGCACACAAGGCAACUUUUUCUUUUUAAAUUUGGCCAUAGCGGACUUUCUUGUUGGAGGGUUUUGCAUCCCCGUGUAUAUUCCCUACGUCCUGACGGGCGAGUGGAGGUUGGGCAGAGGUCUGUGUAAACUGUGGCUGGUUGUGGAUUAUAUGCUGUGCACCGCCUCAGUAUUCAACAUUGUGCUUAUCAGCUUCGACAGGUUUCAGUCUGUCACCAAAGCGGUUAGUUAUCGUUGUCAAAAAGGAAUCACUAGGGAAGCAGUUUUGAAGAUGCUAUGCGUGUGGCUGGCAGCUUUCUUUCUUUAUGGACCAGCUAUUAUCAGCUGGGAACAUAUCGCUGGAGAAAGCGUAGUGCCAGAUGGAGAGUGCUAUGCCGAGUUCUACUUCAACUGGUAUUUCUUGAUAACUGCCUCCACCGUCGAGUUCUUCACACCUUUCAUAAGUGUCACCUAUUUCAACCUCAGCAUUUACAUCAACAUACGCAACAGAUGCGCUGUGAGGGAGGAACAGCCGACUUACAUUCGACUCAGGAGUUUUAAGAUGAAGCCGCUCGCAGCUGGCGACGUACAGCGGGUGUUUUUCGUGAGACCUCUCGAGGAAAGCGGUGUUGAAGAGUUACCCCCGAAGUCUCGUUGCUGCCGGUUAGCACCCGGAUCCAAGGUGUCCGCCACUGAGUUUGCCAACACCAGACAGUCUAAACGAAGAGACAGCACAAUUGCAGACCUUCCUCCUCUGCAAGUUGGGGGCCGGAUGCUGACGUCCACACAGGCACAGCUUCAUUACAUUGAUCACACAUCUGGAUCCCAUAGACACCGUCCUGAUAUGGUUGCCAGUUUGGCCAGUCGCUUUCGCUUAUCUAGAGAUAAAAAGGUGGCCAAGUCUCUAGCUGUGAUAGUUUGUGUAUUUGGUCUCUGUUGGGCACCCUACACCCUUCUGAUGAUCAUUCGGGCAGCUUGUCAUGGUCAGUGUGUCCAGCACUACCUUUACGAAAUCUCAUUCUGGCUGUUGUGGAUAAAUUCAUCCAUCAACCCGGUCCUGUAUCCUCUCUGCCACAGCAGUUUCAAAAGAGCCUUCAGCAAAUUGCUGUGUCCAGGCAAGACUAAAAUACAACCUCUGAAUAUGGACCAGAAGUACUGAACGUAAAAGAAAGAAAACAUUUUUAAAUAGGGUUUUCUAUUUUCUAGUUGUUUUCCUAAAUGUGCUUGUAUAGGAAGAAGAACAUUUGAUCUAUAUCUAUUAACAAUAGCACAAAUUGUGAUUUGCUUACAGUGAAGUCAGUAAACUGCUUUAUUAUUUAUUUUAAAUCACCAAAUGUCUGUUUAAAACAGUGGCAGAGUUAUAUUUUUUCCAAAUUCAGGCCACUGGUACCGUUAAAGAUUUGCCAUUUUGAAUCGUGUACAAAGGCCUGAAAUUGGUUUACGUUUCAAUGUUUGUCUUGGUAAGUACCUGAUUUUA